CCGCUCGGCCAUGGCGAGGCGAGUGGCGGUCCCCGCCGGGCCCCUCGGGGACGAUUUCUCCUUCGUGAGCCCGGUGGCCAAGUACGUGCUCUUCUUCUUCAACCUGCUCUUCUGGGUGAUCUCCAUGGUGAUGGUGGCCGUGGGGGUCUAUGCCCGGCUGCUGAAGCACGCAGAGGCGGCCAUGGCGUGCCUGGCGGUGGACCCUGCCAUCCUCCUCAUCAUGGUGGGCGUGCUCACCUUCCUCAUCACCUUCUGCGGCUGUGUCGGCUCCUUGCGGGAGAACAUCUGCCUGCUGCAGCUGUUCUCCGUCUGCCUGACCAUCAUCUUCCUCCUGCAGCUGGCGGCCGGCGUGCUGGGCUUUGUGUUCUCUGAUGAGGCACGCGGGAAGGUCAGCGAGAUCAUCAACGGGGCCAUCGUGCAUUACCGGGAUGACCUGGACCUGCAGAACCUCAUCGAUUUUGGGCAGAAGGAGUUCAGCUGCUGUGGGGGCGUCUCCUACAAGGACUGGUCCCAGAACAUGUACUUCAACUGCACGGCCACCAACCCCAGCCGUGAGCGCUGCUCCGUGCCCUUCUCCUGCUGCCUGCGCGACCCUGACCAGGCCGUCAUCAACACCAUGUGUGGCCACGGGAUGCAGGCCAGGGGCUACCUGGAGGCCAGUGCCUUCAUCCACACCAACGGCUGCAUCGACAAGCUGGUCAACUGGGCCCACAGCAACCUCUUCCUGCUGGGGGGCAUCACCCUGGGGCUGGCCCUGCCCCAGCUGGUGGGCAUCGUCCUGGCUCAGCUUCUCAUCAACCAGAUCCGCGACCAGAUCAAGCUGCAGCUCUACAACCAGCAGCACCGGGCAGACCCCUGGUACUGAGUCCCGCAGCCUCCCGGGGUGUCCGGGGGCCUUCCCAAAUGCGGGAUCCGCCGGGAGAGCCCGAGGGGCUCGGCUGCACAAGAGGGAAUGCGGAUCCGCGGAGACUCCGUGCCUUUGGCAGCCGGUGCUGGGCUCGGCCUGGACGUGCUGAGCUGGAGCAGCGCUGGGGAAUCGCUGUCUGUCCGUCCUGCUGGUUGCACGAGGAUGUGCCUCCCCUCUCCGCGUGUGCUGGAGAAGGACUUUUGUCUGUC